UUUCAUUGCUAGUUUUAGUUUAAGUCUCAGUUUUCGUUAACUAUAAUAACCGUGGUACAGAGUCGUCACAAACAGCCACCCUGUGUCUCAUGGUCAGAUAGUCUCUCAUAGUGGGAUCUGCAAUGAGGAAAUUUGGAUUUACACUUUCCCCCUCUAAAGACAACCUUCAGAAUUGAGUGGACUCCCACAGUUUAACUGGUAUUGCUCAUCACUUCUCUACUCCUCAGUCCCCUAAAGACAGCAAAGCUAUAGACGAUGGCCUCAGAGAGCAAUGCACUGCCAAGACGUGUCCUCGUGACCGGUGCAUCUGGGUUGAUCGGCAAAGCCAUCCAGCAUGUGGUCCUAACAGAAGGUGGAAAACUUGACGGAGAGGAAUGGUUCUUCAUCUCUUCUAAAGAUGCAGAUCUUAGGGAUGUUGGACAGACCAGGGCUGUGUUUGAGAAGCAUCGUCCCACUGAUGUCAUCCACCUCGCUGCCAGAGUGGCAGGGCUCUUUUUUCUCUCGAAGGAGAACCUGCAGUUUCUGAGGGACAACGUAAAGAUUGAUGACAAUGUACUGCACACGGCCCAUCAGAUGGACGUCACCAAGGUCGUGUCUUGCCUGUCAAGUUGUAUCUUCCCUGACAAAACUACAUAUCCCAUCGACGAGACCAUGAUACACAAUGGGCCACCUCAUGAAUCCAACUUUGGAUACGCAUAUGCUAAAAGAAUGAUUGACAUUCAAAACAGGGCAUACUUUCGGCAGCAUGGACGCUGUUACACAUCGGUUGUCCCGACCAAUGUGUUUGGGCCCCAUGACAACUUCACUGCAGAAAAUGGCCACGUGCUCUCAGCCGUCAUUGGCAAGACAUACAAAGCCAAACUGGAAGGAACUCAGGUGAAUGUGUGUGGCACUGGAAAUCCUCGGAGGCAGUUUACCUAUUCUCUGGACCUGGCUCGUAUAAUGGUUUGGGUCAUGAGAGAAUAUAAAGAGAUUGACCCUCUUAUCAUCUCUGUGGAGGAGGAGAUGGCCAUCAAAGAGGCUGUGGAGGUGAUAGCAGAGUCUUUGGACUUCAAAGGCAACAUACAUUAUGACACCACCAUGUCCGAUGGUCAGAUAAGGAAGACGGCCACCACUGCCAAGCUGAGACGCUACCUCCCUGACUUCACCUUCACACCCGUUAAAGAAGCUAUAAAGAUGACCUGCGACUGGUUCGUGGCCAACUACGACAUUGCCAAUAAAUGACGCGUCCAAAUAUUAAGUUGAGAGUUAACCACCACAUCUAUUCACUCUUCAUAAUGUUGGUUUACACACUGUCACAAGUAAUCUUGUACAUAUUCUCCAGUGUAUCAAACACUCAUUAACUCUGGAUGGCAACACAUUUCUUAAAUAUCUAAUUAAUAUCUAAUCAGCUUUAUUACACAUACAAGGAAUUUCCGUUGCUCUCAACUUACGAAAAAAAAUUAUUUGCAUAAGGGGAAUUUUUGAUCUUUAUGAAAAUUAGGGGUGGGUGAUAUAAUCUAUAUAACCUUUAAAUCAUUCUACUCUUAUUUUGGAUUUUUUAUGGUGACAAUGCAUACAAAAUCAUACAGCCUUCCAAAAUUUAAAGGGAUACUUAAUAUUGUCAUACCAAUUUUGUUGGCAAUUGUUUCAUUUAAAGAAAGCAAAAAGGCCUGGCCUACAUGUGUUUGCAGAAGUUAAUUAAGCUGUAUUUUAAUCAAUUUUGUGUCACUGUAAUCAUGUGAGUCGUUCUCAGAAUCAGCCAUGUUGUUGUUUGGAUCUGUGAAUGAACCAUUGUGGAGAAACCUGGAUC